AUGGCUUCCGUGGAGCUUUCACAAGUUUAUGUGCCUGUAGCGAAUUACUGUGUCCAGAUGAUGAACUCUCUUAACGAGUUCCGGAAACACAAUAUCUUGUGCGAAGUAGUGAUUGUGGUUAAUGGAAAACAAUUUUUCGCUCAUCGGAAUGUUUUGGCGGCAAGUAGUCCCUAUUUCCGGGAGAUGUUUUCGAGUAACAUGCGUGAGCAUUUGGAAAACAAGCCAGUGAUUCUGGAAAACAUCACUGCAGAAAUAAUGGAAGAGUUGUUAAAUUUUAUCUACACCGGAAGCAUCAAGAUUACUCCCUUUAACGUCAAGGAUUUUGUUUCCGCUUCAAAUUAUCUCUUGAUGACGAACUUGAAGGAAACUUGUAUAUCAUUUAUGAAAGCCAUGUUAAAUCCCUCGAAUUGCCUGGGUAUCGAAGCAGCUGCAUUUAAAUUCAAUUGUACUGCUCUACGAAGCACAGCUAGUCAAUACGUUUACGAUAAUUUUGUGGCUGUCUCGCAAACGGAUGAAUUUAAGUUGCUCUCUGCCGACCGCUUAGCAGAAUAUCUCGGCAGUGAUGACAUUCGAGUCGAACGCGAAGAACAAGUAUUCGAAUGUCUGAUGCAAUGGAUAAACCAUGAUAUAGAAGUUCGUAGAGGCUUUUUUAAAAUACUUUCACAACAUGUUCGUUUCCCGCUCAUGUCUCCCUAUUACUUAGCGGAUCAUGUUGAAACUGAAGAGAUCGUACUUUCAUCUCCGGAAUGCACAUCGUUGAUUCUAGAAGCAAAGAACUACCACAUGCUUCCAGAUCGCAGACACCUGAUCAAAGGUUCUAGAACCAAACCUAGAAGAUCUAUGGGGGUAAUUUCUGUUAUAUUUGCUGCCGGAGGAAUUCAAGGAUCGACAGUAAUGAGGGACACUUUUGGGUUUUUCCCUGCAGCAAAUAGAUGGAGUCCUUUAGCGCACAUGAUCAUCGCGCGAUGUAGACACGGAUUAGCAGUUACUGGAGACAUGGUGUAUGCCGUGGGUGGUCAGUCACGAGAAGGUAUGUGUGAUGAAUAGAGUUUUAACGAGUACAUGUAAGGGUUAGAUGUCAUAUUUUCAUGUAGGUAAUGAGGUCGGGUGAAAGUAAGAGAAUAAUGUUAUUUGAACAGCGUGAAAAAUAUGUAAAUUUAUUUUUUUGCUGUUGUUGUUGUUCAUAACUACGGCUUUUUGUAAGUUAUUUGGAGUUAAUCCUGAGAAGGACCAUUGGGGGAGAAGUCAAUUGAGUUAUUGUUAUUACUAUUAUUGUUAUUAUUGCUAAUAUCAUUAUUAUUAUUAUAAUAUUUAUUAGCAUUAGUAUCAUUAUUAUUCAUGGUUUUAGUAGAGGUUACAACCUGAUUUUGUGCAAUUUGGUGUAAACAAGAAUGAGAAAGUUUUUCAAGAAGAACAAAAUUGCCAGGCAAGUGCAAUUUGUAGUCUUGAAAAAUUUACAAGUGUUUAUUUGUACCAAAUUACAUGAGAAAUCAAUCACAAGUUAUUACUUAUUAAUGAUUUGCACGAUAAGAGCAUCACAGAAAGUCAAACAGAUGAAAUUUUGACAGUGUAGUCCUGUCACAACUUUGCAAGGUUGGUCAUUACUGUUUUAGAAUUGAGAUCAAGUUUUCCCAUGAAAACUUAAAUUUUCAAAACUUUGUCCUUGGUCAUAUGAUAAAAUACAUAUUGACUAAGUUAGGUAGGGCUGGACAGGAAAUUAAUUGGCUCUCAAUCGUGAUACACAGCCUCAUUGGGCCUGGUCUGUGUGUCAUGACCUCAAGCCAAAUAUUCAUGUCUAGCCCUCCCACUUAGUCAAUAAGUACAUAUUAUAGGCAGCAGUAGUCAGCACCAGUUACCAGUUUUUAUUUAAACUCUUUGUAUAAUAUGAAAGUGUUAUACAGCAAUAUUUUUUGCCUACAGGUGCUGCCCAGAGUUCUCUGAACUCAGUGGAAAGAUAUGAUCCAAGAACAAACACAUGGACAAUGGUUGCACCCAUGAAUAUGAGGCGCAGUCUGCUCAAUGUUGCAGUACUUGAUGGUGAGUAUUAUUUUUCUCUUAUGCCUAGUUAACCCUUUACACCCUAACAUCAGUAUGCAUAUUCUCCACACUGUUCUUUAUACAUUUCCUAAGGUGCUGACAAGGAGAAUUUGUUUGCCAAUCAAAAGUUUCCUUCCCUGGUGACCACUUCCUUUCUUCUCAUGACCUUAAUGUGUGAUCCAGGAGUAAUAUUGUUGGGAGAAAUUAGAUGCUAGUCACUCUAAGGGUUUAAAGGGUUAAAUACGAAGCAGCAGUACACAGGCAUUCUUUCUAUAUUCACCCUUAACACCUUAACAUUAGUAUGCAUAUUCUCUUUACUGUUUUCCAUACAUUCCUUAAGGUGUUGACUUGGAGAAUUUGUUUACCAAUCAAGAGCUUCCUUAGUUAGUUGGUGAUCAUUUCCUUUAUCCUUGUGACCUUAUUGUGUGAUUCAAGGGAGACAUUGUAAGGAGAAAUUAGAUGCUGGUCAAAGAGGGGUUGGCUAUCAGUCAGAGGACAUACUUAGGGUAGCAUGAAAACUGGAUUAUUUUUCAUCACAGCAACUUGUUGCAUAAGUUCAAAGUUCAAACCAACUUACCUUGUUACCAAGGCUGUUACUAGUAGAAGAGAAAAGGGAACAGUUGCCUAAAAAAAUGCAACAUUUUUUUUUUUAUUCCAUCUUUUUGUGGAGUGUUUGACAGAUAGUCUGAACUUUGUAAAAAUUACCUGUAAACUUUUCAAAUCCAAUUCCAUCAUCUUUAUUAAACAGCAAAAAAAAUGUUUUGACCUAUAAAGACAAGUGUACAUUUGCAUGAGGUCGUAGUUUCACUCUUUUAUUUUUUUCUUCACAUUAGGAAAUAUGUAUGCUGUGGGUGGCUGUGAUGAGAGUAACUUCCGACUCAACAGUGUGGAACGUUACCACCCAGCAACAAACACUUGGUCAUUUACAGCACCCAUGACCACUUGUCGUAGCAGUCCGUGUGUGUUGACAUGCCGUGUACUGUAUGUGAUUGGUGGAGUAAGCUAUGUUGGAAUGUCACUUAACACUGGAGAGUAUCUUGACCCCAUGACAAACACGUGGAGGGCAAUUGCCCCCAUGCAUUACAAGCGAGCGAGCGCAUCAGGAGCAGCAACAAAUGGAAAGAUCUACAUCAUUGGUGAGCCAUGUUUACUUAGUGUGUAA